AACAUCGGAACGGGCCGCCUCGGAGAAGCGGUGAAGUUGCGCUUUGCUGAGCCUGUGUCUUUAAAGCUCCCGGGUUAGUGGAGCAUGGCAGAGAUACACUCCCCCUUGCAUAGACCCAGAGCCCAGAGAACACCAAUCGCAGCCGCUGCUGCCCGGGCAGCUCGUCCCUUCUCCAUCGCCUUGUGGAUAAAACCCACACAAACACAAGUUGGACACGGGCACCGGCUGAAUACAACUGCUUUUGAGUAAAGGUCCGAUUGAUUCCUACUGGCAGAGAGAGCGACAGAGAGACUGGGCGUUGACUGGAUUACAGAUAUGAGUGGGUUCACACUGGCAGCAGAUCUUUAGAGUAACUGCACUUUGUUCUACACCCGCCACCACUGGAGCCUGUAAUUCUGGCCGACCCUGUUUAUAGGCACCGUCUCUCCGUGUCUAACCUGCCCGGAGGACAACGUCCAAACAUCCUCACCUUGAAAGAGUAGCGAGGAAUGUUCCAUAGCGCAGGGCGCUCAGGUACCUUUCAACACGGACACGGUGGAAUCAAUCAACUCGGAGGCAUGUUUGUGAAUGGGAGACCGCUUCCCGAUGUGGUGAGGCAGAGGAUUGUCGACCUUGCACACCAAGGGGUGCGGCCUUGUGACAUCUCACGCCAGCUCAGGGUCAGUCACGGGUGUGUCAGCAAAAUCCUUGGCAGGUACUAUGAAACGGGCAGCAUCAUGCCAGGAGUCAUCGGGGGCUCAAAGCCAAAGGUUGCCACGCCAACAGUGGUGGAGAAGAUAGCUGAGUACAAGCGGCAGAACCCGACAAUGUUUGCGUGGGAGAUCAGAGACAGGCUGCUGGCAGAAGGAGUGUGUAAUAAUGAUACUGUGCCCAGCGUCAGCUCCAUAAACAGAAUUAUAAGAACCAAAGUUCAACAGCCAUUUCAUCUACCUCUUGAAGACCAUUCUGGGACGAGACUGAGUCCAGGCCACACUUUGGUGCCCAAUUCGACGGUGACACCCCCAGAGUCUCCACCACCCAGCGACUCCCUGGGCUCAUCGUACUCUAUCAAUGGUCUCCUUGGGAUUGUACAGUCCAGUAACGAAACCAAAAGGAAACUUGCAGAAAGUGAGGAUGAUAUUUGUGUGAUCAGCGCUGACUCCCAGAGGGGUAGUGGAGGUCCUCGGAAGCAACUCCGUACUGAAGCGUUUGCCCAGCAGCUCGAAGCCCUGGACUGUGCCUUUGAACGGCAACAUUAUGCAGACGUCUUUGCAUCUGGCAGCCACAACAAGGGAGAGCAGGCUCCCCUGUAUCCACUUUCAUCUUUAAACAAUGGAAUGGAUGAAAGAAAACCAAGUUUGCCUUCUUCUGUCACUCCACUCGGCAGGAAUAUAUCUGGGUCACAUGGAUACUCGAUGGUGACAGGGCGUGAAAUGAUGAGCUCCACACUGCCAGGAUAUCCCCCUCACAUUCCUGCAAACAGCCAAGCCAGUUACACAUCAUCUGCCAUAGCUGGGAUGGUGACGGGAAAUGAAUAUUCAGGAGGCCCUUACACUCACUCCCACUACACAUCCUAUAACGACGCCUGGCGUUUUACCAACUCUGGAUUAAUAAGCUCCCCUUAUUAUUAUAGUUCCACGCCAAGGACCAGCACACCGCCCACUGCUGCCACUGCAUAUGACCACCUCUAGUUCCCACAGCAACCAGGGAACUGUGCCGAGCCAAGCCCUGGGGAAUCAUGUGCUCUCAGUCUAAUUGAUUUCAACACAAAGCAAUGUGGAAAACUCUAUUUAUGAAUGAAAUUGGAAGGACGGGCAAUAAUUUCACCACCGGAUGUUUUUCAUAACAUCCACACAUGAACCGCAGUGAAUCGCAUUCCUACUCUGGAUUUGCAGAGAAUUCUCAAGAACUGAAAGCCAUAACCAAUGGCUAGAUAGAAAUUGCUUUUGAACAGUAAGGAAAGCAAAUGCACUAUUAGUAUUGUAAAUUAUACAUGGACUUUUGCAAAAUACACUCAAUAUGGGCCACAGACAUUGUGUAUACAAGGCUCUAAUAGGCUCAUUAUGUGACUUUAAUUGUGAGUUGGGGAAUGCAUUGGAGAUCUUUGCCCAGUUACACGAGGACUACAUUUAACAGAAUGUUACAACAGACGGCUCCUGCAGACAAGAAAGAGAACUUCUGGAAAUGACACAAAGCUUUACAGAAUGAACAGCUGGCAAUUUUCAUUGCAGACUGAGCAAGAGAUGUAUUGUACCAGAAUGUUAAACUGAAGCAUUAUUACAAACCCCACCACUCAGCACAAGACCAUGACAAGGAAACAGAGACUUCGACCAAUCAAAUGUUUCUUUCUCAAACAUUCUUUACUGAGUUGAGGCAUAUUCUCAGCAUUUCUAACACUGUUUAAGACUUUACAACAAAAAAUAUGAAAUGUUUAGAGGCACUGGUAGCAACAAAGAGAAUUUGUUUUAAAAUUUCACCGUGAAGAUUCAGCUUGUUUGAACCACUCAUUCUGCUUGCAUUUGACCUUUCAAAAAUCACCAAAAUAACAGGAUGGACAAAAUAAAAAUCAAUAAAUGCAUUAAGAUUAGUUUACCUUUGUAUACCAUGUUCAAGAUAAAUCUAUUCAAUUUUAUGUUGUUGAAAUUGCGUGAUUCUUAGCUUAUGUAGCCCACAUUUCUCACCUGUCAGAAUUACGUUUGUUAUGAAGGAUAUUGAUUUCAGACAGGUGAUGAAGUGAUCAAUACAUAACUCAACUCCCACAGACAGACAGAUGGGUCUUGAAGGAUCUAGAACAACCCAUGUCCAAUUCCAGUUUUACAUCCCAUUCACUUUGGAAGGACCUGCCCAAGAUGCACAGGCCUGGGGUUUUUCAUAUGCUAUGUAUGUAUGUAAACUAUGAAACUAUCAAAAGAAAAAUAUUUUAAUUCAGUGUAGCAUGAUUUCAAAUCUAGGAAAUAAAAUGUGCUGACUGUAGAAAUUACACGAGAACUUAUUUUAUGAUAUUCCUGCUGUCUAUACGAGUAUAUAAUCUACAACAAGAACUAGGCCAGGCUGGUGGAAGUAAAGUACCAAGUACUGGCUGCUGCUGGGAUUAUAACAGCACAAGUAUUUCAGUUCUGUGUAUUUCCAUAGAAUGUUUUCUAGCUUUGGAAUACAAAACAAAUAUUGAUCCAAUAUCUAUUAAACUAUAGAUUAAAAAUUGAGUUCUGAUAAAUUUGAAAAUUCACCAUAAAAAUCCCCACGUUUGCAUGUUAGUAUUAAAGGACUACUUUGAUUGUAUAAGCACUAAACAUUGUAAACAUUCACAAGUUAUAGGAGUAGAAUUAGGCCAUUCGGCCCAUCAAGUCCACUCCACCAGUCA